CUUCAUAUAAACAUAUACACAUACAUUUCAAAAACUGCCAAAUAUGAGAAGUCGGUUAUCGAAAAUGGAAAAUGAAGAUAGCGUUGAAAGGUGUUUCGCCGACGAUGAUUUCUUUGGGUCGUUACCAGAAGGGUUCGUAGCCAAGGCGUUAUCCCUCACCAGCCCUCGGGAUGCUUGCAGGUUGUCCUUGGUUUCCUCCCUUUUUAGGUCGGCGGCGGAAUGGGACGCCGUCUGGGAGACUUUCUUACCGUUCGAUUACCAGAAGAUUGUAUCCGAGGCGGAAGACGGUGGCUGUUCCUUAAGUUUUUCUUCCAAGAAACAGCUGUAUCUUCGUCUCUGUGAUCAUCCUCUCAUCAUCGAUGGCGGCAAUAAGAGCUUCUCACUGGACAAAAAAACCGGAAAGAAAUGCUACAUGUUGGCUGCAAGGGACCUAUCGAUUGUCUGGGGAGAUACUCCGAGGUAUUGGCGAUGGAUCUCAUCACCGGAAUCACGUUUUUCAGAGGUGGCUGAGCUGAUAAGCGUAUGUUGGUUUGAAGUCCAUGGCAGGAUCAGUACUUCCAUGCUUUCACCAAACACCACAUACGUAGCAUUCAUCGUCUUCAAAUCAACAUCAGAAACUUACGGAUUCGAGUAUCAACCUGCAGAGGUUUCAAUUGGGAUCAGUGGGCUCGAAACCCAGACUCAAACCGUGCUUCUAGAACCAGAAUCUGAAGAGAGAAGACGAUAUCCAGUUGUGCCCAGAAGAAGAAUGGGAAUGUUCCAUAGACGCCACCUUCCGAACCACCCAGUCGUCGUCCCUGUUAAUACACACUCUUCAAAGGGCCCAAAGCAAAGAGAAGAUGGAUGGCUGGAGAUUGAGCUUGGUGAGUAUUAUAUCAAGAAAGGAGAAAAAGGAGAACUGGAAAUGAGUAUGACGGAGGUGAAAGGAGGAAACUGGAAAGGUGGGCUUCUCAUUCAAGGAAUUGAGAUCAGGCCCAAGCCCUGUAAAAGUUAAGAUUAGAG